GGAACUUGGGAUUCCUGCUUAUUACAGUUCGUUCCUGCAUCGUUGUCGGCAGCAGCAGCAGCAGCGCGAUCGCGAAGAGCUCGAAUUUGUUACGCGAAUAAAAACAUUUCGAGAAAAAGAGACUUUUAUUUUUAUUUAUUGUGCCCAUAGUGUGUUAUUUUUUAUAAGUUUUAUCUACAUCUAGUGAUGUGACAUUGUUUUAUUUAAAAAAAAACUCCCAGAAGAAAUAGUACUUGAAUUGUGAAAAAAAAUCCACCAAAUUUGUUUAAGGUGGUGCCAUUUAUAAAGGACUUUUAAAAGGGAGACAAGACAGGGAUUAACGUAUAGGCUCUGAAUCAAGAAGAUGUAUAGAAACAGGAAUUUUUCUCUCCUCUUCGUGCUUGUGACCAUAAAUUUCCUGUUCAUUGGUCUGGCGAAUGCCGGCAUCAUGAAAAGAUCGAUUCGAAUGGUGAGGGAAGUGUAUCCGCCGGAUAUCGAGCCAGAAAACGAAGGAAAUCAAGCCCAAGUUUGUAUUGUUGGUGAUGUGGUUUAUGGAGCUGAGGAACCGGUGCCAGCUGAGCAACCAUGUCUCAAGUGCCAUUGUCGACCACCAGGUGUCCAGUGCGAAACUGUCCAAUGUGCGAAGAAGCCGGGCUGCAAGGCUAUUCACAGGCCGAACAGGUGCUGUCCAGAUUAUCAAUGUGAAUGUGAACAUAACGGAAAAAUAUAUGCCAAUGGUGAAAAACUUGAAACUAAUCCCGGAGGAGAAUGCAAAGUUUGUUACUGCAGAGGAGGAGAAGUGCAGUGUGCUGAAGUAUCCUGCUAUAUCCGAAAAGACUGCGAAGGAAAAAGGGUACCUGGAACUUGUUGUCCCAAGUACGAUCACUGUCCCCCAAUUGAUUCCGUACUAGAUCGAAAUGCUCUUACCACUGAAGCCACACCAAAUACGUUAAAACCAAUUGUUCUGGAACUGUGGCAGACACCUUUUAUAAACAGUACAGAGGUCCCUGGUAGUACACCAAGUUUAAACGGCAUCUUAGAAGAAAAUAAUAAAGUUCCCGAUACAGACGAAUCGUCUACUGCUGCACCGACCUUUGGAGAGAUAUCAAAAGAAAAAGAAGAAAUGCUUCCAAGAAUAACAAUCCAAGAAAUAGUUCCGGAAAGAAAAGAAAUUCCUGUCACAGCUCCCCCUAAAAAUUUACUUCCUGAUCUUCAAGGAACAUUAUUAAUAGAAGAAGCUAUUCCUACAAGCGAAAACACAUCAAACGACUUAAAUAUCGAUGCAGAUCCCGAAUCUAGUGAGGUUUCAGAAGUUUUCCAACAUCCUCCUCCUGUCCUUAGGAUUGGUGAUAAACUUCUAUUUCUUAAAAAAGGCGAAUUAAUUCCCGAAAAGGAUACGAGUAGUCCUCAUACUGUCAUUACAAUUAUUGGUGCCGAAGGUCUUCAAAGAGGAGGAGUUGAAGAUAGUUUAGAAGUACACGAAGUAAAGAUUGAUGCAGAAACCGAUGUUCAACAUAUAAGUAAAGAACCUUUGGAACCUGUAGCUGAAGGUGAAUCACCCAAUGAAACACAAGCUGAGAUUGAGAUAUUAACAACACCUCAAAAUGAUAACAGAGACAUUAAACCUGAAGAAGAUUCUGCUAACUCUGACACUAAUGAUUUGGAAUUAAAAGUUGCUGAAAGUACUCAUAUCCUUAGUUUGGUAAAGAAAAAUUGGAGAAAGGGAAACACAGAAACAACUACUACUAUGUCUACCACCCAAAUUCCUCACAUAAAUGAAGUUCCUACCACUUUAAUCAAUAAUAUUGAAAAGCCACAUCAAACUGGUGAAACACUAAUAUCUACCACUACUGAAGCUCCAUUGGAAACCGAAGUUACUACUACUGACAAAUAUGAAUCUGAUAUAAGUACUAUCUCUCCCACAACUCAUAUACCGCCAACUACCACAAUUCCAGUUAAAAACCGUUCCGUAGAUAUUCCUAAAACUGGAGAAUUAAUACCUGAUCAUCAAAAUCCUUCAUAUCCACCUAUUCCAGAUAUAAUGCCAGAAGUAGGGGAUGUAUCCCAAAAAUUUGAAAUUGAACUAGAAAAUGAUAAUUCCACUACAAUGGAAAUUAAAAUACUUCCAGAUGUUCUCGAUUUUUUGAGCAACAACACAGGUCCUCCAAAAAAUCUAACAAACCCAGAAUGGUUAAAAAUAGAGGAAAAAAAUAGUACUAACGAAACAACAUUGCAGGGAUACAAAGAUAUGGAGCUCCCAGAAGAACUGCUAAAUCAGAAAUCUCCAAUCGAUGAAGUCAAUAAUUCUGAAUCUGUUGAAAACACUACUGUAAGUUUGUACGAACCAACAGGAUUGGUAAAACAAACGCUGAAUGAACAAAAUACAAAUUCUAGUCAAAAUCUUUCAGAAGAUAAACCUUCUUUAGACAGUGGCACGAUGUUAGAGAUGCAACCUCAGCUAAUAGCAGAAGUAAAAAUUGAUGAGGUUGAAAGUACGACAGUGCUUACAACGACUGAAUUUUCAAAAGACACUGAGGAUCUAGUCAAAGAAACAUUUAAAAGUGUUACUAAUUCAGGUAAUUUUUCCGAUGCAUCAGACGAAAAGGAAAUUGGUCUGAAAUCAGUGGAGAGUAUAGAAAUGUUUGAAAGUCGAGAACAGAUUACACCUAGAAUUAACAAUUCAGCUAUAGUAAUUGAUGAGGAUGCCAGUGUAGAAAGAAAUACGGAAGAAAACUUAUCAGAAAUAAAUCUCGAGGUCAGUAAAGAAGGUACGGUAUCCGUAGAAAUUAAUAAAGAAGAUCCGACUUCUGAAGCAAGAGACAUGCUACUGAGCAGUGCAGGUGUUGAGCUGGGCAGUGUAGAGAUAAUUGACACUAACACUAAGCCUCUAUUAACAGAUGUGGAAAUUAUAGAUGAAUCUAAACCUGUUCCUGGUGGCAUUAUAAAUACUGGUGAAAAUACACCUACCGACGAGGUAGAGAUUAUAAAUGUCCUUAAUACACCUAAACCAACAAAAGCUGGUAAAGUAGAAUCCAGUACGUACGAACUGCUUCCUACUCCUGAACAGGCUCAAUAUAAAAAAAUGUCCAGGCGAUCUGUUGCUUCAGAAAACCAGGACGACGACAUAUUUAAAGAUCUAGAAAAGGAAUUAAAUGGAGAUACGUUGCAACCCACUAAGAAUAUCGCCGAAGAAAAGGCUGAAUCGGAUAAGGUAUUUCAAGAACUUUUAGAAGAAACGCAAAAUAAGAAAGCUCAGAUUAAACCCCAAAGUCAAGAACAAGAGACGGUUAACAAUGUUGGAAAUGCGAUUGCCGGAUUUCUAUUUAAAGGAAGGGUUCCAGAUCCAAAAGUAUUUUCGCUUGUAGGAAGAUUACUAGUGAACCAGCCAGCAUAAACGAAUGAGACUUAUUAAAGUUUAGGAAAUUGAAGAAAUUAGAAGAGAGGCAUAUCCAGAAACCUGAAUUUAUGUUGUUUCCGUAAUACAUAUAGAUUACUGGCAUAUAUAAUAGUUACUAGAAAGUUAUGUAUGUACCAAUUCUUUGGUAAUGAUGAAAGCUUUAGAAUUUUUGCCAAUUAACUGUGAGAUUUUUAGUAUUUUAGAAUAUUUUCCAAUAUUUAAGUAUAAUUAUGUUUUAAGUUAUUUAUAUCCCGAAGUAAAAAGAGUAGGUUUAUUUAGAUUUACAUAAUGAACUGUUUCUAGCCAUGUAAGGUGUAAUUUGCCAAAUUUUAAAGCACGUUUCGAUGUGAUGUGUUUAAAAUAUAUUUAUUGUGUAGUCCAUUUUCUCUUAUACAAAUAUAUUUAGAAAUUUUCUAAAAUAUAUUUUAAUAGUGUAAAAAGACACAAAUAUUUAUAUGUACAGGGUGAGUCAACGAUAGAGUAAAAUCCAUUACCUCAUUUGUUUCAAGGUUUACAAAAAAAUGUUAAAUAUAAAAGUUAUAGAGAAGUUUAAGAUACGCAUUUUAAAAUGAUUGUAGAGUAUACAGUGUGCUUCAAAAAAGUGUGGCGAAUAUAACAUAUGUUUUUUUUAAAUGCAAUACCCUAUUUUUUAUAUAAUAUUUAG